AUGACAUUUGACCGUAUUGACCAGCUUUUGAAUGCUGCAUUGAAUUCCGGAUCUCAAAAUGGCACAACCAACAGUGAUCGGCAAGCAUUAGUUACACAGCCGGGGUUUGCCAUUCCAACUACAUCGGCAGCAUCUUUAAGACCCAUAAAUCGGUUAAGUCGAAGACGAAGAAGUGUGGCUUUAAAUUCUAUACCAGUAGCGCCACCAGUAGUGCCUCCAACACAACGUGUUCACACAGAAUCUAGUCAAACGGUUGAUUUCUACACAGAAAGCUUGCUGAGGGCUGGAGGUGACACAGUGACCUGGAGGACUGUUUUGGCGGACACCCCGGAUGCUAGCAAUGAUGCGCAUGGGUUGUUUGUACCAAACAACACUGAAAGCAUCUCAUCCGAGGAUCCAGGGGAAUCUGCAGAUGUUAAUGUGAACAGAACUGCUCCAGGGGAGCCUUCGGUGAUUAUUGAACAACCCCUACCGUCGAACCAGGAACACUUCACCCAGGAGUUAUUGCUGGAGUUGCGCGAACAUACCCGUGGGGUACAAGAACAGUUGAAUUUCCACAGUGAGAUAACUAGGAAAAUCUACGGAUGUGUGGAACCAUUGCUAACGAACUCUUUAGAGCAAGUAGCGGUAAAUAGACUACUAAUCAAUCGCAUGGAGUUUCUUCAAGGAGCACUGCAGACUGUAAUCCAGAACCAUGAAGCUGAAAACAGUCAAAGACAACUCAUGGUAAGGUUGCUGUCAAAUCUUACUCGUGCUAUUUUACCCCAUUGUACUUCUUAA